CAGGACAGACCACGAAAAGUGCCGUAAGAAAGAUGGAUUGUGGCUCUGUCAACUAAUUAGUUUGUAUUGAAAUUAAAUGUAACAAUACGCUUUAAACACAGCCACUAAAAAUUAAAAAUUAUCAUGGACUAUUUAGUGAAUAUUAAUUGGAACAAAAUAAUACCAUGUCUUGUUUUAUUAGUGCUAGAAAUAGUGUUAGAAUUUUCAGAUUGUGCGACGCCUGCAGAAGUGAACAAGCACCUGGAGCUGGGCCGGGACUUCCUGGCGCGAGGGCAGCUCUCGGACGCGCUGACGCACUAUCAUGCAGCAGUCGAGGGUGACCCACACAACUACCUCACAUAUUUCAAGCGUGGUACAGUUUACUAUGCUCUGGGUAAAGCAAAGUUUGCACUGCAAGACUUCACUAAGGUUUUGGAGUUGAAAGCUGACUUUAGUUCAGCGCAAGUGCAGCGUGCUAAUGUCUACCUCAAACUAGCUCAAUACAGAGAGGCUAAAGAAGACUUCUUGCAAGUUACAUACGCAGACCCAUAUAACAGCGAAGCUGUAGCGCAGUACCACAAGAUCGACGAGUACAUGGAGGACUUCAGGCUGGUGGAGGCGUACUACCGCGGCGGCGACCACCGCGCCGCGGUCGAGCUCGCCACGCGCCUGCUCGAGGUGUCGCCGUGGUCCGCGCAGCUGCGCCAACUGCGCGCCGAGAGCUACAUAGCCCUGAAUGAUCUAUUCUCCGCUGUGUCUGACAUUCGGUCUGUCAAUCGGCUCCAACAAGACUCCACGGAUGGCUACUACCGGCUUGCGACUUUGUUGUAUCAACUGGGUCAUGUCAGUGAUGCCCUAAAGGAAGUCCGCGAGUGCCUUAAACUAGAUCCCGAACACAAGAAGUGCUUCCCGUUGUACAAGAAGAUCAAGAAGGUGGACAAGCUGCUGCUGGACUGCGAGGAGCUGAGCGAGGCCCGCGACUACGUCAAGUGCAUGAGCAGCGCCGAGAAAGUGCUUAAGAUCGAGGACGAGGUCUCCUUAGUCGUGUUCGAGGCCAAGCGGUGGCUUUGCAGCUGCGCGACCAAGGAGGAGCAGUACACGGAGGCGCUGGGGCACUGCGCCGCGGCGCUGGCCAUCAAGCCCGACGCGCGCGUGCUGUGCGACCGCGCCGACGCCAUGCUCGGCCUCGACAUGUUCGACGACGCCAUACAUAUGUACAAAGAAGCGCUAGAAUUAGAUGAAGGGUUCCAGAGAGCAAAGGAUGGCCUCAGCCGCGCGCAGAAGCUGCAGAAACAGUCGGAACAAAGAGAUUAUUAUAAAAUUCUAGGCGUUAAGAGGACAGCAAAUAAGCAGGAAAUUACUAAGGCGUAUCGCAAGGCGGCGCAGAAGUGGCACCCCGACAACUACCAGGGCGACGAGAAGAAGGUUGCCGAAAAGAAAUUCAUCGACAUCGCCGCAGCUAAGGAGGUGCUCACGGACCCCGAGAAGCGCGCGCAGUUCGACGCGGGCGUGGACCCGCUGGACCCGGAGUCGCAGCGCGGCGGCGGCGGCGGCGGCGGCGGCCCCUUCAACAACCCCUUCCACCACUUCCAGCAGGGCGGCUCCCCCUUCCAGUUUAAGUUCCACUUCAACUAAACAUAUUAGUAGGAGAUACGUUAUAUAUGGUCGACCUUCACCGAUACGUCUGACGGAUGAAACUUAUAUUUUAUAAAAUACUAAUGUUCCUGAACAUAAAUAAAUAGGGUUGCCUAAAGAAAUAUGGUCAAAGCUAUUUUUAAUACAUUUUUGAAAAUAUUUUUUCUUCAAAUUUCACCGAUUUGUCUGACGAACGAAAUAAGUUCCAAUGGAAAGUAUACAACCAUAGUAUAACCAGCGCAAAAGUAUGUUAUCUUCAUACAACCAAAGAUAGAUAUAACUCCGUAAUAGAUGUAUACAGUCUAAGGAAAAAACGUGCCUCGAAAAUCAAGAAAAUUUGAUUCUCGUUCAGAGGGCGCUACUAGCUUUGGCCUACUGUCGUAUAGAUGGCGUUGACGGUUUCGUUUGUUAUUUAACAAUUUUAACGCAUAUCAGUGAAUGAACACGACAUGUGAUCGACAGCCCGCCUGCUUCCGGCCGGGCGUCCCUACACUACAUCUACAUCAACGCAUAUCAGUGAAAGAACAUGGGUCAAAAUCAUAAAAAUAAUUAAUGCAAAGAAAUAAAUCA